AUGGAUAAAGUGGUUGAAGAAGCCCUUAAGGAUAUAUUGCUGGAAAAUGCAUGGGUUAAUGAAAUAUUUGUGGGUAAACUGCUUGAGUGGUCAGUGGAACUUGAAGAGAUUUGCUUUAUAAUUUCAUAUGAAAAAACGUUCAUAGGUAAAUCCGUUGAUGCUAUCUUCGAUAAAUUGGAUAUAUUGUCUUUCCUUGGUUCGAUAUUAGCAUUUUUGAAUGAACUGGGCUUGAAAGUUGAAAGUUCAUUUGUAAGCGAACUCGUUGAUGUAAUGCUGGAAGCAUUCGACCUUUUAGUUUCAGAAUCAUCUACGAAUGAGCCUUUUGAUGUCAUAUUGGAUAUUAUCGAUUCUACCCCAAAUAUAGAAGUAACUUCAUACUCUGUGGAUAAUAACUUUGCCGAAAAAUCCUGUGGGACUAGGUUCAAAAAAGAAGUGAAUAGUGAGCUGGGCAUAGCCAUGGCUAUUAUACUAGCUGUACUAGAUUUUAAUGGAACUGUAGUUGUUGAUUUUGAAUUUGCUGUAUACUUCUCGUAUGGUGAAACUGUUGAUCGACGCGCUACAAUAAUAUAUAGAUUAUAG